UGUGCCAAGAGAUAUCGGUCCAUACAAACAUUUUCAAAAUAUUACUUCAAGUUCAUUUGACUUGAAUCGGAUUCCAGGCCUUGCUUCUUUAUUGAGAAGAGUAAGAAUUCUUGUGAACAAGCUAUCUUCUACAAACUUAAAGGGAUUGGAACAUCAGCAGAAGCUGGCCUUCUGGAUCAACAUAUAUAACGCCUGCAUGAUGCAUGCCUUCCUUGAACAUGGACUACCAAGCACACCAUAGAUGGUGGUUGCACUGAUGCGCAAGGCAAACUUUAACGUGGGAGGGUACUUUAUGAGUGCGUUGGCUAUUGAACAUUUCAUACUUCGACCACCAUUUCACUCACAGGAUGCCUAUUGGAAAAAGGGAAAAGCUGGUGAGGAGGCUAGAAUACGUAGUGUUUUUGGUCUAGGGUGGUCUGAACCGAUGGUUACCUUUGCAUUGUUUCGUGGAAGUCGAUCUUCUCUUGCUGUACGUGUGUAUGUAGCUGAUGAGGUGGAAUCAGAGUUAGAAGUAGCCAAAAAGGAGUAUCUGCAAGCUUCCGUUGGUUUCACUACCAAGAAGGUGCUGAUUCCAAAGUUACUAGAUUGGUACAUGCGGGAUUUCGCAAAGGAUUUGGAAUCCUUGAUAGAGUGGAUAUGUGAGCAAUCGCCUACCUCUUUAAAAACAGCAGUUGAGAAAUGUCUGAAAGGGAAUAGAGAUGGAUUUAUUUCUCAGACAGUGGAAGUAAUGCCAUAUGACUUUGAAUUCCGAUAUCUUUUACCAUCAUAGUCUGGGAAAAUGAUAUGCUUUCUAUAAUUUUACAGAGAACCAAACAGUGCAGGGCAACAAUGUGCUUUAAGCUUGUCAAUAUUGUGUGCUAAAACUAGUUAUAGUGGCACACAUGAGCAGCUGUUUAUGGGAAUCGUAUUAUACUAUAAUAAACUUCUAAAGGUCUUUUAUCUGUACGUUUUAUGAAUCAAGGACUGCCACAAAAGUCUUGAAGCAUACAGAGUCUGCAUGUUAGUUACAAAUCUUUUAAAAAAAUUGUUAGUAGUGAUUCAAUAUAUUCUUUAAUUCCUGAUAUACAAGCAGUCCCACAAUCCUGCUGGGGCCUAACUACCAUUUUUCCAGCAAGGCUGGGAUUUGUGUUAAAAUUUGUAAAAGUUGUUAUGAGAUGAAAUCAAGGAUUUCCCUAUUGUACAGUGUAGCACAAUCCUUUGGGAAUAUUUUAUGAUUCAGAUUUCACGCUGGAAAUUA